AUGGCGAAUUCACAGAUCUGUUUUGAUUUCGCUCGAACUGGGUCCUGCAAGUUCAAGAACUGCCGAUAUUCUCAUGUCGUCGACCAGUCAAAACCUGCAGGGAAAGGGAGAGAGUCGAGAUCUAGCGCGCGAGGACAACAAACCCAUGCUGCCAACAACAACUUUGACGAUCUGACCGCGUGGAAGCGAAAGGCCCCCAAUAGCCUGUUACUGAUUAGACCGUUAGGUGGAGAGUUGGGCCCGUUCUUCUCUACAGCCAGAAGACUGAUCGAUGUCGACGACGAUAGCACGGCCCAAGAAGUCAUACAAUGUCUUUCCCAAGAAGGGGGUCUCCACCGAAUCCAGGAACUGAUCCAACGUCACUAUACUCAGAUACCAAGCACCACCAAGCAAGAUAUGUUCGGGAAACAGUUCCUCCCUUUCCUAGAGUUAAUCACCCAUCACAAAGUCCUCGCCUCGUUGGUGAUGGAACAAUUCGUCGUGAAGAUUUACAACUACAUCUUUGGCCCAGCCGGCAACCGGGCAGAGCCGUUCCUGAAUUUUCUUGCCGACAUUGUGCAACUGGAAGUAGAACAGCGCGAUGAGGCGACAUCAACCCAUCUAGAACUAUCGCUCCUAGUGUUCUGCAAAAUCAUCGAACUGAACUCGACCGCAUUCAUCCAGGAACAUCUGAAGCCGGCAGCCAGGCGGUUUCAUGAUUUAUUCAUGGUUCUUCACCCUUCGCAGACCGCCGGUCCCCUUGACCGGUCCCGCCAUCACCUGGAGGUACUCCAACGGCGCCUGGAGAUUGGGAGCUCCUUGACACCCUUGCUAGGAAACUCGAGGCCACUUCCAUCUCGACAGGCUCCGGUCGCCUUCAUCACUCCGAAGGAUCCUCCGGGCGGCCGUCACAACAACGAUCAUGCAGAUAUUUGCCGAAUUAGAAUCAUGCCCACAUUCCAGGAAAUCCUAAGCGCCCGCUCGGAGUACCUCCCCGGGAAAGACCCGCAGCAGUGGCAUAUCGGUGGUCUCGCCGGUCUUUUGGACCGUAAUUUCCGGCUCUUACGAGAAGACACGGUCGGUCAGCUCCGAGACGUAAUCCACGCUGAGCUAAGGCCGAGCACCCUAGGGGGGGCACAGAAGAGCCAGGUGAGAACGAAUGUAUAUCAGAACGUCAAAGUGCAGGGCUUAGAUUUCGAUCGUUGGGUGGGGCUACAAUUUGUCGCCCAGUUUGCGCAACCGUUGAAUGUCAGAGCCAUGUCGAAGGACCAACGUAAAGAUUGGUGGGAGCUAUCGAAAAGGCUCCAACCCAGUGCUCUCGUUUGCCUCACUGAUCCCCGAGGGUUUGCUAUCUUUUGUACGGUCGCCGGAUCCGAGCGACCCAGGGCUGAUGCGAGGCAAGAGCGUCGACAGAGGAAGGCCGCAUCACUUUGGGGCGAUGCAAGUAUAUCGUCUGUAAUCAUGGAGCUAGUGGAACCGACAGAGGAAAAUCGGCAGUAUAUUUUAGAUUGCCACAAGCCACGGAAUGGCAGAUGCUCCCUGUCGCUGAUCGAGUUUCCUGGGAUUCUACUUCCAUCCUUCCAACCAACACUUAAGGCCCUUCAAGCAAUGAAGAAGGCCGCAGAUCUUCCCAUGUCCGAGUUCCUCGCCCCGGACGAGACGUACUCUGGCAUGGUUGACAUGCCGCCCCCGAAGUACGCGACAGGGCAAGGAUUUAGUUUCAACUUACAAUGUCUCAUGAAGGACCGAUCGGACCUCUUGAUAUCCCCGUCACAGGCUGUUGACUUAAGAAAGCUCCAAGAGCAGUCGACAUUAGAUGACGCGCAGGCACAGGCUCUUGUCCAGACCCUGCAGCGAAAAAUAGGGUUAAUUCAAGGCCCGCCAGGGACGGGCAAGAGCUAUACCGGAGCAAGGGUAAAAUCGCGACUUGGGCCGAUUAUAUGUCUGCUGGAAGACCUACUGGACGAUAAGGUCACUACACAAAUCAUCCGCAUUGGCGCACAAUCGAAAUCAGUAAUACUACAGCCUCUCAAUCUCAGAAAUGUCGUUCAGCAAGUUGACAAGACAAGGUUGGAGAAGCAAGAGCGGUGGAAACUGCAUGUAGCGUUCGAGAAUCACGAGAAGGAGUUCGAUGCUCUCCGACUAGAUGCAAUAGGCACCGAUAAAAGCUUAGAGUUUCAUCUGAAACGACACCAUAUGCUGCAUUAUAAUCAACUAUUUCGCAAGGAUGAAAAUGACUUUCAGAAGGCGUGGGUCAAAUCUGGUCAGGCCAUCAAAGGUCAGCCACGUGGCGUGGAAAGCCUUGAGCAGGCCCAUUUAGAUACCAUGACAGCGAAAGAACGCAGGAUAUUAUACGAGCAUUGGAUCAAGGAGAGUAGACAAGACCUUCAUACUCAGGCUCACACAAUUUUGACUGAACACCAAGAACAUAAAGCGUCUUUUGAUAAAAUCCGAGAUGAACUCGAUCUUCGAUGCCUGCGCAACGCCGAUGUUAUCGGAGUCACGACGACUGGCCUAGCCCGCAAUCUGAACAUGCUGCGCAGAUUGCAAUCGAAAGUAAUCAUGUGUGAGGAGGCCGGCGAGGUCCUGGAAGCCCAUCUACUCACCUCUCUCUUGCCAUCGGCCGAACAUAUCAUCCUGAUCGGAGACCAUCAGCAGCUCCGACCUCAGAUACAAAACUAUGGUCUUUCGCGGGAGAACAGGACAGGGCAACAGUACUCCUUGGACCGCUCUCUGUUCGAACGGCUUGUAGAGCCGGAUGAUGACAUUGGUAUAAGGAUUCCAUUCUCUACAUUGGAAACCCAACGACGGAUGCAUCCCUCAAUUGCACAGCUGGUGCGAGAUACUUUGUAUCCUCGCCUGCAAGAUGCACUAUCGGUCAGUGAGUACCCAGAAGUUGCAGGGAUGCGAAAGAGGCUUUUCUGGCUUGACCACCGGCGGCCUGAAGGCAACGCGUCAAUUCAGGAUGCCAUGGCAACAUCCCACUGGAAUGACCAUGAAAUCGACCUGACGCUUGCCCUGGUGAACCAUCUUCUCUGCCAGGGAGAAUACGAAGCUGGCGACAUAGCCGUUUUGACCCCAUACCUUGGCCAGCUUCACCGGAUGAGGCGUAAACUAAGCCAAUCAUUCACAAUCACCCUGGGGGAAAGAGACCAAGAUGACCUCGACAAGGCGGGCUUCGCAGAGGAUGAGAAACAGACGAGACCAAGCGCAGUUUCCAGAUCAACUCUCCUGCAGGCCCUGAGGGUCGCAACUAUUGACAAUUUCCAGGGUGAGGAAGCAAAGGUGGUCGUCAUUUCACUGGUGAGAAGCAACAGUCAAAAUCGAUGUGGUUUCCUGCGCACACCGAACCGCAUCAAUGUCUUGCUUUCACGCGCACAACAUGGCAUGUAUAUCAUCGGUAACUCUGAAACCUCACGAGGUGUAGAAAUGUGGCAUCAGGUUCUCAACAUUCUUGAAGAACAUGAAAAUAUCGGCACUAGUUUAGACCUUAGAUGCCCUCGUCACCCCUCUACCCCUAUCUCCGUUUCACAGCCGGAUGACUUUGUCCAGUUUUCGCCUGAAGGUGGUUGCAGUCUGCAGUGCGGUAAGCGAUUACAGUGCGGUCAUCCGUGUAAGCAGAAAUGCCAUUCGGACAUACUUCACCAGGCGGUUUACUGUCCAGAACCAUGUCUGCGCCCGCAGAAAGGGUGCUCCCACCCCUGUCCCAGAUUAUGUGGGGAUUUAUGUCCGAAAAGAUGCGACAUCAUGGUGUUCGACACGGGUCGGAUCCUACCUUGCGGUCAUUCAAUGGCCAGUCUUCCUUGUUGGCAGGCGCAAGAUCUCAACCUUGUUCAAUGUCCCACGCACGUCAAGAAACAUAUUCCUAACUGCAACCAUGAAGUGGUGAUCGCCUGUCACAUAGAUGUCACCGGCCCCAACUACAAAUGUAUGCGCCAGUGCUAUGCUGCUUUACCCUGCGGCCACAACUGCAGGCGCCAAUGCCAUCAGUGCAUGGCUGUGACAGACGAGGGUAUCAAUAUCGAUCACGAGCAAUGUAAGCAAAGGUGUGACCGUCUCUAUUCUACAUGUGCCCAUACCUGCGCGGCAGAGUGUCACGGUGAUACACCGUGCCCUCCAUGUGAGGCUCCCUGUGACGUACAGUGCGGCCACUCCCGAUGCUCUCAGAAAUGUUCCGAGCCAUGUGCUCCAUGUGCAGUAUCGAAAUGCCUAUCCGAAUGUCCGCAUAGCGCAUGUUCCAUGCCUUGUGCAGCGCCAUGUGAUCACAUCCCUUGUUCUCGACGAUGUGAGAAGAUUCUACCAUGCGGUCACCAAUGCCCAUCGUUGUGUGGCGAGCUCUGUCCAACGGAGAAAUUUUGUCAAACCUGUGCAACUGACGAGAUCAAAGACAUUCCCGUUGACUUCAUCUUAGGCGAAACGUAUAGGGAGAUCGAUUUGAACGAGAAUCCCUGCGUCUUUCCCCCAUGUGGACAUUUUCUGACGGUGGAGAGCAUGGACGCUCAAAUGGACCUGGGAAAGCAUUAUGUCAUGAAUGACGGGGGCCAGCCAGUCUCUAUAGCCUCGUCUUCCGAGCCAUUCUCCAUCUCUGACGUCCGCAAUUGUGCAACAUGUCGAGGUUCGUUGCGAAGUGUGGCUCGGUAUGGAAGACUAGUGAGGCGUGCCUUAUUGGAUGAAGCUACGAAGAAAUUUAUUCUAUACGUGAAUCAGACAUACGUGCCAAUGGCCCAAGCACUUACCCGGCUGUUAGCUCUUCUACCAGCCCACAAAGGGACGGCGGCAGCGAAAGUAUCCCAAGUCGAAGUCACUUUAAAAAUUGAAGGGCCACCUGAUCACCAAGUCCGCCUAAUGCACCAGCAUCUCAGGAAGCAUGAUGGGACAAGAUGGAAAGGCUUAAUGUCCCUGCGGGAGCAGGUCACGAAGUAUUACAAGACGGUCAAGGUGGAGGAGCAGCCAUUUAACCAGGUACGCAACAUGGUGGAAGAUGCCCGUCGCCGUAAACGAAAAACGGGGCAUUUUGAGUUCGAUGAGAAUGUGCUCCAGACCAAAGGCUGCGUCCAAGCCGCUGCCCUGUUACUCCGUCUAGAUACGGCAUUGCUUAGCGACUUCCUAGCAUUAUAUAAACAAGCUCCUGGCGGAUCCAACAAAUGUACCCUGCAGCUUGACCUCCAGGCGAACCGAAAGGAAAGUGAAAAGCUCACCGCUAUGGCUAUCAACACACAACGAGUGCUGCAGCAGGUCGAGGGAUAUCUUUUCCGGGCUCAGCUGUGCGCCCUUGAGCGCCAAAACAGCACGCAGCCAGCUCGAGCAGAGGAUCUUCUCAAAGAAGGCAAUGAGUGCAUUACACAAGCCCAAGUGCUCUGUGAUGCCCACCCUGGACAAGUACGGGGGCUUUCUGAAGAAAUCGAAGGCACUUUGAAGAUGCUCCAAGGGGGGACAUUUUACACACCAGUUACAAGCGAAGAAAGAAUGGCUAUUGUGGCCGCCAUGGCGCGGGAAUUUCGGGGGACUGGACAUUGGUACCGUUGCGAGAACAACCACCCUUUCACCAUUGGCGAAUGCGGUGGUGCCAUGCAAAUUUCCACCUGUCCGGAGUGUGGUGCGCGUGUGGGUGGUCAACGCCACCAAACGGUAGCUGGAGUGACCCGCGCCAAUGAUCUGGAAGAGGACUUGGACCGACCAAUGAUCUAAAAUUAUGGUAUGUAAGUAUGUAAUUCGGUGGUAUGCAGCGUUCUACCGCUUUGCCCCCAAGCAGAUGAAAAGCAGAGGUAGUUCAGAAUAAAAGCAAAACCACCCGUGUCAACGAGAAGUUUAUUCGCCUCCAGUGAAAGUCACAAUAUUAGAGAAGAACAAGGAGACCAAAAGCUAGGCCGUUUAGGUAAUAGAGAUGUACAAGGGUAAAAAAGAGAAACAGCGUUGACAAUGACGGCGGUCAUGGAAACACGCGAGCUAGAUUGGAAAAUCACCACGAUAUAUUCACAAAGGCUUAUAUAC